AUGGCUUUCUACAGCGCAGGGCCGCUCUCACCGGGCUACAACUCCACCUCGGCUUGGGGAGGCAACGAUAACGCCGAGGAAGAUCCAUGGGCCGCUCCCGGCGCUUCAUCAUCCGCCGCGAACGCAGCUGCUCCAACUGCAUCUUCGGGAUUUGCGCCAUCGCCUCCUGGUGGCUUCGCUUCCUUCUCUACUCAGCAGCAGCAGCAAAGACAACAGGCUGGCUACUUAGGUGCCGAGCCUUCAGCCAGUCUCGCACAGGAGGCAGACGCGUACGGAGAUGGCUCCAUGGAAGGCGGCUUUGGUCCAGGAUCAGGAGCACCUCAGAACAGGUUCGGUGGCGUCCCGGCGCCAGCAGCUCCACAACCACAGCAUAACGCACACUCUUCGUCCAGCACCUACGGCUCCGCGAUCAGCUCUACCCACUCUCAGCCACCAUCAGCUCAAUCGCAGCAACCUCAAUCACCCGCUUCGCCGAGCGCUGCAGCUCAAGCCCAAAACUCCCACUCUGGAGCAUUCCCGUCCGGCAUCAGCACCUCGCAUUAUCAACCCGCCUCGCAAGGCGCUUCCCGUUUCCAGUCGCAUACGCCAUCCACCCUCCUCCCCCAUGAACCGGCCGGAUUCUCCUCUCACUCCUCCUCCGACUACAACGCCUCUGCUCCACGCCAGCUUGCACCGGGCUAUCCUCUCCCCGCCUCGAACUACACCGUGCCCGCAUACUCGCCUUUCGCUCGCGUCGACUCCCUCUCAACGCCUCGUCGCGAAACCGUCGAGGACAUGUACGGCGUCCCCGAAAACUUCUUGGAGGUGGAAGUACGCAGUCCUCUGACACACGGUGUUGGACGCAAAAUGUACACCGAUUACGAGAUCGUCACGAGGACAAACAUUCCGGCGUUCAAAUUGAGGUACUCAUCGGUAAGGAGGAGGUAUAGCGAUUUCGAGUAUUUCAGGGACAUUCUGGAGAGGGAAAGUACCAGAGUGAACAUUCCACCGCUCCCAGGCAAGGUGUUCACCAACAGGUUUACGGACGAGGUGAUCGAGGGAAGACGGGAAGGACUCGAGAGAUUCUUGCAGGUCGUAGCAGGUCAUCCCUUGUUGCAGACAGGAAGCAAGGUCAUGGCUGCCUUCUUGCAGGAUCCGGGCUGGAGCAAGGAUCAGUGGCUGUAA